CUUGCCGCGACCGUGUUGACGUACGGGUCGCUGUUCGGUGCGAGUACAUUCGACUUUCUUCUUUUACGUGUCUUUUUUGAGUAUUUAAAUUCCUUACCAAAAUGGAAAUGAUUAUUGUUUAACGCUAACGUGUUUCUGGUCGUAUUUUGUAUGGAUAUAUAUUUAUAAAUACGUCCACCGGAACGAACGAGCGAGUACAGGUAUUUUUUUUUAUCGAAACGAAUGUUAAAAAGCGUGAUAUUGUGCGAGGUCGAACAGGCGUGCGGCGCGUGCCGGCUGCCCUGUCACGUGCCCUCCGUGUAUAAACACACUUGCUUAUCACCGUAUACGUUCUCGCGAUAUGUCAGAAAUAUCGUUCUUUAAUCAUUUUUUUCGACUAUGAGCAAUAAAUGAAAUACACUUUGGAAUAAAGUUCAAAUCGGUGUUUCUUGAGCAAAAAGUGAGUGUUUUUUGUGUGACAGUGCGCGCUUCUUCAAAGCUUUCCGCCCGUCCUGGAAUUGCGGCGCUUCGUUAUUGUUGAUUCGAGGUUGUGUUUAAAAACAACAACAACAAACAACAUACAAAGGUUAUUCGAAGCUAUGACAAGGUGACCGCGCGACAAGUCCGAGGGAGGAAAUACAGAUCUACCCCAACUCAGCCGGAAACGAACGUUUUUCUUAUUUUUGGACUAAAAUAAAAAUGGCUAAAGGUUCGGAAAGAUUGCCCGGAACUUCAACAAGAAUCAGAACGAGAGACGAUGGUUGUUGUUCCGUCAACUUCCUUAAAUACGUGCUUCAUAUAUACAACGUUGUUUUAUUCCUUUCUGGACUCGUGGUGGGAGGAAUUGGGAUAUGGACGGUCAUAUCGAAGCACAGUUACAUCUCCCUUAUGUCGACCUCGACGUAUCCGAUACUGGCGUAUGCCCUCGUCGCGGCCGGUGCUCUAGCGAUAAUUGCAAGUUGGCUAGGAUGCGGAGGAGUUUCCUCCGAAAAUCGGUGCGUUCUUCUCGUGUACAUCUUCGUCGUGAUGGGAGUUCUAGUCCUCGAAGCCGGAGUCGGUGCGCUUGCUCGACUGUACGAGGAACAAGUUGGUCCUGAACUCAAGAUGACCCUCAAUCGUACCUUUCUCGACAACUACUCCGUGAGAUCCCGGGAAACGGCCGCCAUCGACCAGAUGCAGAUAGAAUUCAAAUGCUGCGGUGCUCUGAGAUUCGAGGAUUGGCUCGAUAGCGAAUGGGCCAAGGACGAGGAUGUCAUGCGAGACGGCAGUCGCGUACCUGACAGCUGCUGCAAGACUGUCACUCAGCAUUGUGGAAAACGCGAUCACCCCUCGAAUAUACAGUAUACGGGAUGCAUAUAUAAAUUUUUGGAAACGACCAAGGAUCACUUGAUCAUUCUCGGUGCUGUUGGGCUUGGACUCUCCGUUCUCGAAGUAUUCGGUAUAAUUUUGGGCUCCUGUCUGUAUAUAAAGCUCCGACACGACUUCGACGACUGAGAAUUAAUACACCACGAGGACAAUAAUAACGGUCGUUCGUGGUGCAGAUACGCUCAAAAUCGCGUCUGACAAGAAAACUAUAUAGCUCCCUGAGAAUAAUCUCGGAGAGAAGUAUUAUAAAAAAUAUUCUCUCGCGUGAAUCUCGCUCGACUCAUUGUUUCUUUCUAUAUUUUUUCUUCUUUUCUUUCGCGUUAACGAGCCCGAGAUCCUACGACAACUUCGUAUUACAUUUUUCCUUUCUUUUUUCGUUAAGAAAUUUUUUCUACCGUAACGCAGGCGUUUCGGUCUGUAAAAAUGUUGACAACUUCGAUACUGCCACUGCUGUAACUUUGACUGUAACAUAAACAAAACGAUGAAAAACAUUCGCCUGUCUGGGAAAGACAAAUAUUUUAACGUGUAGCAACAAACAGAUGAAUCAAUCGUGACGAUCACCGACGUCCCGAAUCACUGUGGAAAAAAAGAAAAAAAAAAACUAGAAUAAAAAUGUCUAAAAAAACGUAAACGAAAAGCAAUGAUCGCGAAUAAUCACAAUGAGAAUAAAUGUUUCAAACAUUGACCAAAAAACUUCGUUGAUCGUCGCAAAAGACAAAAGUAUGAAAUAAUUUGAAAUUGUGAAAAAAUAAUUACACUGCUUCGGCGCAGUCUGCGAUACGAAAAGAAACACGACCAAUUGUAAUUUUAACUGAUUUCGGUCAAUCGAAGAAUGACCGAAGAAAAACAAGAGAGAAUUAUUAUUGCUGACGCAAAAACACCAAAUAAAAAUACAAUUAGUAGCCCGUUAUUUCAAGAAGUUGCGACGAGUUUUUUGCAAUUUAACGGUAUAAAGAAAUUUAGAUCUCCGAGCUUGUACAAUCGAGCGAUGAAUUCGAAACUCUACAGAGUUCAAUAAUAUUUCAUAAAAAAAAAGUAAUACCAAAACGAUAUAUCCGGUCGGAAAAAUGUUUAAGAAAAUGAGAUUAAAGUUGGAUUUGAAUGUUUCGUCUUCGGGCUGUUCGCCUCCUGUGAAAGAAAUCUAUCCCAUUAUAUAAGUCUAUCCCAACCUUGCGAGUGACAAAAAAGAGGAACUCGACAUUUUGUACCAUAAAAUUACAAGAGGUUGAUGAUGAGAGAAAUCGAAUAUAUACAUAUAUAUGGAAACAUUGUAUAGAAUCGUAUAUAACAGUGCCUUUAUAAUCGAUAAGCGAGAAAUUUUUUUCGGAAAAUGCUUUGAGAAAUCGUAAGGAAAUGAAUUCUAUCGGUGGAGUCUCGCGUGGUCAAUUCUUCAAAUCUUCAUUUAUAUAUUCGUUACUUCAUUCACGCAUCCAUGUGCGAAAUCCCCGAACAGUAUUGUCUCGAUUAAUAUUCUCGUCGAUAAUAUACGAACUAUAUAAUAAUUAUUACUUUAUUAUUUAUGAAA